AGAUAUGUCAGACAGACAGUGUUCCUUUUCUUUCUCACUUCUAACACCUAGUUACAUUCACACUCCUAUUACUUCAGGACGAAAACAAGUUCCCAAGUUGAUGCAGGCUUGAGUCUUCUGUUGCACUGAGUAGAGUGUUUUCUGCAAAGCUUACUUGUUCUCUCACUGAAUGCAGAAGUAGUUUGAUCAUGAAUGCAAAGGGGCAUAAAUUUGUGAGGUUUGGGGACUGGAAAUCAGAGUCAUCUUUUAGUAUAGAGCAGGAAGGUUCUGUAAACAAUGGAUAUCACAAGAGAAAAGGCAUACCGAGUGUAAGUGCUAUUUUGAAGAGUAUUGGAAGAAGACUCGAGAGUGGAACAGAGAAAGUGAAAAGCUUGAGAAGACAUUCUGCUGCUGUCCAUCCUUUAAGUGAUGGAAAGACAAAAAAAGCCGACUUCUGGGUGCAAUAAUCUUGAUCCUCAAGGGUCAAUGCUUCAGAAAUGGAAUAAAAUAUUUGUAAUCACAUGUGUGAUGGCAGUUUCUGUGGAUCCGAUGUUCUUUUACAUUCCAGUGAUUGUUGGUAAAAACAAGAGUGGUAUGAAGACAUUCUUCUAUCCCUGUGAAACAUUUUCAAAGAUUGCUACUAUUGCAAAAAACAGACCCAUAUAUACUUGGAGAGUGAAGGUUCGGGUUCUUCGUGUUUGGGAUAUGUUUCCAGUUGGUGAACCCUCAAAACCUUACGUUAUCCAUGUUGUGCUUAUUGAUGUAGAGGGUGUGAAAAUUGAGGGCAUCAUUAAGAAAGCCUUUUUGCCCAAUUGUUUGCGUUCUGGCGUCGCCAUUCUGAUAGUUACUAUGCAUCAGUACACCUUAAGAAGUUCUAAGUCUAAGCAACAGAUUUUUGCCAGAGUAUUUCAUCCGGAGGAGGUGUAUAUUGUUGUACCAAGACAAUUCUUGAAUGAUUUUGAAGAAAGUCUCUCUAAAUAUGUUGAAUUAGUGGAUCCUGUAGGGAAUAAAUUAUGUGUUAGCUUUUAUUUUGAUCGUGAUGAACCAAGAUUUGGUGCUAAUAUUUCAGAGUUACGAACUGUGCACCAAAUACAGGGAAGUGUGAUAAUUUGUUUUAUUUAUCUUGGUGAUAGUAGAUUUGACAUCCAAAUUAGUGAUCUGAACUUGUUUGAGAUUGAGUAUAGGAAAAGAACUGCUCAUGUUGCAGCUAAUGUUGCAAGUUCAAGUCAUCUGAAUUUUCAUGAAGUAGAUGGUUCGGUUAUAAAUUUAAUUAGUGAUGAUGAUUCUGAGAAUGAAGUUGAAGAUAUUGUGAAUUAGGAGAUGUUAAUUUGGUCAGUUGAUCUCACUGCUGAUCUCAUUAUUCCCCGUCAUCAUCUGAUUAUUCCUGAUUAUAUUCAGGAAAAGGUUUUCAACGACAUGAGUCCAGAAAUCAAUGUACUUCUUCCAGAUGGUUCUUGGACUAGAUGAGAAAUCGUCUGGUACUCACUUAGUGAGGGGGUAAGUGAAUCUGGGAGUAUGGGUGUCAUUUUUGGGCGGUGGUAUGAGUUCUAUAAGGAAACAUUUUUCAGACUUGGAAAUUCCGUUGCAAGACACAAGAUGCAGCUAUGGAAAAUGGUUCUUCUCAAUUUUUACAGAGUUGCUGUUUUGACGGAGUAAUUUAACAUCAAAAGUUACAUCUUUUUGUUCUUUUUUUGUACUACAUAAUAUAACAUGAUGUGGUUGUAAACAUCACUUGAACGGUGCUACUUUAUUUGUUCACUGUGAAUGGUUGUUUAUUUUGUCUAUAA